AUGUCUAUUUCCUACCCAUUUUUUGCUGAUGGGAAAGUCCUCAUACAUCCAAUUGCUAUUCCCGCACUGUUGCCAAUCCCGACGCAUAUUCCGCCACCGCCAAUGCCAGCCGGAAUGCGUUCCUGGUUAGCGAAUCGACGACGGUUAAGCGGUGACUCAUUUGGGUUUUCAACCGGAUCCGGAAGGUCCAGUGUUUCAUCCAAUGGAAACGGGGUAUGA